GGCCCAUUGGUCUGCCCAGGAAUCCAUUUCCAUAAAGAGGAUCUGAGCAUUUUGCUGAGACAUCGCAAUCCACCAUAUAUACCCUAUUUCAUUUUUCACUGUGUGACUUUGGCAGUGUCUCCUUUUCUUCCACAAGUGUGUCGUGGUCUUCUUCUUCUUCCUCCUCUCAAUCGGUGGUGAAUCACAAAAAAGAAGAUGUCUGAGAAAAAGCUGACCUCCAGCCGCAGGCAUCACCUGAAGAGUGUGAUCCUGUCCAUCGCUCUGAACUGGCUUGAAGAGGAGAAAAAAGCCGACAAGGCGGCUAAGGAGGCCUACAUGGCAGAAAACUGUCCCGCCCCAGACCUGAGCGGAGACCAAAACGCCCUGAUGGAAACCUGCAAGAAGCUCCAGGCUAUCAUCGACAGGAUCGACGAGGAGAGGUACGAUGUCGAGGCCAAGGUUGCCAAGGCCGACAAAGAGCUUGAAGAUCUGAGGAUCAAAGUCGUGGAUCUGAGAGGAGUGAAGAAACCCGCUCUGAAGAAGGUGCGUAUGUCUGCAGACACCAUGCUGAAGGCUCUGCUGGGCUCCAAACAUACAGUCAACAUGGACCUGAGGGCCAACCUGAAGCAGGUCAAGAAGGAGGUCAAAGAGGAGCCGGCUGAAGCUGCAGGUGACUGGCGUAAGAACAUUGAGGACAAGGCCGACAGGAAGAAGAUGUUUGAGGCCUCCUAAACUUUUAGCUGCUGUUCUUCUUUCUGUUUAUAUGAACUCCACAUGUCUUAAAUGUGUUGGUUGAACCGGACGGUUGUUUAAUGUCUCGGUUGACUCACACUUAGCGUGUCUGAGAGAAGUCUCUCUGCAGAAAGUCUGAAGGAUUUUAUUUGUAUUUGUUUUGUUUGGAGGGAGGGGGAGGAGGUUCACACACUAACAUGACACCAAGUCUCAAACUCCACACAUUCACGGAAACAUUCACACCACCUCAACCAUG